GAACGCCCACUCGUAAACAAAGAUGGUGGACGAAAACACAUGAAUGCGCGCAAUUUGCGCAGAAUGAAUUCAGUGCAUAUUUUACUGCCUCUCGAGCUAAUCACCUGUUUGAAUGUAAACAAGUGAUUCGUAAAACAUCUGCAUAUUCAUGCCCGAGGGAAUUUAAUGCAGAAGUGAUGGACGGAGGGAGAAACAAGUUCGUAUUUAAGGUUAUACCCUGAAACUUCAUCUCUAAUAAUGUAAACAGACACAUUUCUUUCUCUCCUCUGGAGAAAUGAUUAAAGAACACCAUGGAAAAGAUUGAAAGCAUCUCAUGCUCGAGUGAGCCAGAGGGCAUCAGUGACUACAAUGAUGAGACAGAGCUGUUUGAACUUGAAAGUGAUGGAUUCAUUAAAGGCCUGGUUGAAAAAAUGUUUUCAGAAAGCCAGCAGAUCACACAGGAGGAUAAAGCAAGACUUGGGAUUCUGUGCCAGCAUUCCUGUGGAAGACAAUCAUUCGCAAAACACAUUGAUGCCCAGAGGGUGUAUUCCAAAUGCGUUGACGAAAUGACAUUCUUCCGCCUGGUACAGUAUUUUGCUGUCGUGUUAUUUGAAUGCCAUCAAGCAGAUGACUUCGGCCCUGCCAUGAACCUUAUGAAUAUGUGCUUUACGUACUACCACGAACUCAGCGACACAGAAGAGAUUGAUCAAACACCUCAAAAGGAGUUCCUUAGUGUGUACCUCAAAAACCAGCCAAUAUGGCAGUCGAUGAGAUAUUGGAACGCGGCGUUUUUCGAGUCAAUCCACAAUGAUCGAUUUCCUGCAGUGAUUACCAAUGAGGUGUGGGAUAGCUGGAGCACUCAGGAGAAGCUUGACUACGCGGAGUGCGAUAAGAACAGUCUGUUUGGAAAACUCGGGACGUUUGUAAGCAACAUGAGGGCGUUCGGAUUAGGAAGAGAAAUGUGUCUUGAAUUUCUUCACAAAAUGAGCACGAUAGGGGACCUUGAACCAGAUCAGAUACAACUACUUGAGAAAAAUUUCGAGCGUGAAGAGGAAUGCGUCCCAGUACAGAGCCGGUCGCGCCCAAGCUUGACCAGCCCCCCUACGAGCCCUGCCCCUACGAGCCCAAAUAGAGAGCUGGCAUCGCCUGAAUUCUAAAGCUUACAUUGUUACCUUUAAGCUAACCUUUCUCCCCUCCCACACACAAAGACAUCACACAAGUGAGCCUGGCAUCGCAUGUAUUGCCAAGAUAAAAAGCCAAUUUUUUUUUUGUUUAAACCGGGAAUUCGUUCCAUGGCACCUGGGGUGGGUGGAUGAAAAAGUGUGGGGGGGAGGGGGGAGGGGGAGUUUCUGGAGAGACGAUAUAAAGGGGAGAAAGGUAUAACAUACAUACUGGUGUAGAAAGAUAAGAAUAAUGGUAACAAAAAUUAAUAUGACAGGGGGUGUGAUAUUUCGUAGAGCUUUUCGAAAAUGUAAAGCAACCUUAAAUAUGUUCUAGUACAGUGUUCAUCAUCAGGAGGUAAGACCAGGUACUAGUCAAAUGCGGAGGGAAGAAUAAAAAUGGGAGCCGAGGGAUACUAGGGGAGGAUGAAAAAUGGAAAUACCUAGUAAGAAAAAAGUUCGCAUUUGAGACGUGUUUCAAAAUGAAUGAGUGGCUAGCCAAUUCACCUUACCCUCAACCAUCUGUCAUAUUUCUUAUAGCCAUGGCCUUAUGCGUAACCGUCCCCCCUUAGCCACUCCCCAAAAGCCAGAUUAAGGAUAAUGAAUCAAAUUCAAGUGACUCAAGGAGCGGCUGCUAAGAGGCCACCAUGGGCUCGUAUUAACGCGUCUGGUCAUAUAUUAUCGUCGUUAUGCGAUGGUAGCAUUUUAAGAGAUGUUAGAAUAUUUAUCAAUUACUCAAGUGCAACUUGAGAAGUAUCGUGUAUCUAUUUAUUUGUAUAGUCAAUGAAAAAUGGAUGGAAUUAAAUAGUUGAAUAUGCCUCA